GGGCUAAGCGAUAUCCCUUGUUGAACUUCAACUUCGUCAGCACAUCACAAAUCUUCCACAACAACAGCCAAGUAAACCUCCACAAGGAACCACACAACGAAAGGAAACAGCUCUUUCCGUAGUCCCCACUCCUCCAUCCAACAACCAAGUCUUUUGUUAUCCCCAAGAAAAAGAUGAGAUUUUCGGCACUUUCCGUCGUAUUUGUACAGCUCCUGCUGAACGGCAGCCAUGCCUUUUCCGUAUCUCAAAAUUCUCCCUCUGCUACUCGCAUGGGCGCCACGGUUGCGCCCGAAGUGGUGGAUGAGAAAGUGACGGAACACAGCCACUGCCAAGAACCAGGUGACCGUGAUAUCUUGGUCCGUGCAGCUCGUGGAGAAACGGUGGAACGAACACCGGUCUGGAUGAUGCGUCAAGCUGGGAGGUACAUGGCAGCCUUUCGGGAAUACUCCACCAAGUAUGAAUUCCGACAACGAUCGGAGACUCCAGCCAUGGCCACAGAGUUGUCGCUGCAGUGCCAUCGCAAAUAUGGAAUGGAUGGAAUCAUUAUGUUUUCCGAUAUUCUGACACCCCUUCCUACUUUGGGCAUUGACUUUGAUGUUGUUCGAGGCACUGGCCCUGUGAUUUCCACAGAGAUUAGAACCGAAGAGGAUGUUGAUGCCUUGGCCACUGCCACACAGGAUAGUUUCGAUGAAAAACUACCAUUUAUUCGUGAUAUUCUUGGGGAUCUUUCCAAGGAAGCUGAAGAAAUGAAUACUUCCUUGAUUGGUUUUGUCGGGGCUCCCUUUACUUUGGCUUCCUACACCAUUGAAGGCAAGUCCAGCAAGAACUGCUUGGAGACAAAGAAAAUGUUGAUGGAGGAUGACCGAGGAGACAACAAAGCUGCCACCAAAUUUUUGGACAAGAUCGCCAACAUGAUUGGAAUGUAUGCCUGCCAUCAAAUCGAAUGUGGUGCCCAAGUUAUUCAAGUCUUUGAGAGUUGGGCCCACCAACUCAACCCUGACCUUUUUGAACAGUUUGCCAAACCAGCUGCCCAAAAAGCCAUCAAAAUCAUCAAAGAAAAACACCCUGAUGUCCCCGUCAUUUACUUUGCCAAUGGAGGAUCAUCCUACUUGGAAAAGCAACGUGACAUGGGUGCUGACAUGAUCGCCGUCGAUUGGGCCGUGGACAUGACACAAGCACGAGAGAUUCUGGGACCUGAUAUUGCCGUUUCUGGUAAUAUUGAUCCUACUAUUUUGUUUGGAUCCAAAGAACAGAUCGAACAAGCUGUCCGUGACUGUAUUGAUCGAGCUGGGGGUCCAGGAAAGCAUUUACUCAACUUGGGUCACGGAGUCAUGCAGGGUACACCUGAAGAAGCUGUUGGAUGGCUGGUGGACGAAUGCAAGCGAUACAAGGGUAAGGAUGCCUAAUUUUAUUAAUGCGCAGAGCAGAAUAUAUUCAAAGUCUGUAUGAAAUAAUUUUAAAAUGCAUCAGAUUUUCAGCAUGCUAUAAACUUCAGUUGCUUGCUC